CUGAGCCAAUGACUCUUGGCUCCCCGACAUCUCCAAAACCGGGAGCUAGUGCUCAGUUUCUUCCCGGAUUCUUGAUGGGCGAUUUACCUGCGCCAGUGACUCCACAGCCACGUGCUUUAAGCGGCCCUUCAGUUGGUGUCAUGGAAAUGAGGUCUCCGCUACUUGCAGGAGGAUCUCCCCCACAACCAGUAGUCCCUACGCAUAAAGAUAAAAGCGGUGCUCCACCAGUUAGAAGCAUAUAUGAUGAAUUAUCUAGUCCUGGCCUUGGAUCAACACCUCUAACCUCAAGAAGACCAGCCAGCUUUUCUCUGACACAGAGCCCAUUGGUUGGAACUAUGCCAUCAACACCUGGAACAGCUUCAAGUAUGUUCAGUCCUGCAAGUAUUGGGCAGCCUAGGAAGACUACUCUAUCUCCUGCUCAGCUAGAUCCUUUUUAUACUCAGGGUGAUUCCCUGACUUCAGAAGAUCAACUUGAUGACACAUGGGUAACUGUAUUUGGAUUUCCUCAAGCCUCAGCUUCAUAUAUUCUUCUACAGUUUGCUCAGUAUGGAAACAUAUUAAAGCAUGUGAUGUCCAAUACAGGAAACUGGAUGCAUAUUCGAUAUCAGUCUAAGCUUCAAGCCCGGAAAGCCUUAAGCAAAGACGGAAGAAUUUUUGGUGAAUCUAUCAUGAUUGGUGUCAAGCCAUGUAUAGAUAAAAGUGUGAUGGAAAACUUUGAAAGAAGCUCUACAUCCUCAAUGUCUUCAGUUUUCACUCCACCUACAAAAUCUGUCGGCACACCAGUACAACCUGCUAAUAAUACUACAAGGAUUUCUACAAUGAGACCUCUUGCAACAGCAUAUAAAGCUUCCACUAGUGACUAUCAGGUGGUUUCUGACAGGCAAACUCCUAGGAAAGAUGAAAGUAUUGUAUCUAAAGCAAUGGAAUAUGUGUUCGGCUGGUAAUAUACAAGAGGAAGUAACACAUUAACUUGGUCAGGGUUUGAAAUAUGCUACUGGCAUCUGUGGUUAGUUGUAUAACUACUGGUGGCAGUAUUUUAACUUAUAUCUCACCUGUUAUGCCUUCAGUUAAUUCAGCAGACAUGUAGCUUGCACUUUAAAUGAUGGCAAUGUACACACGGUUUUAAAAACUGAGUAGUACCUGUAAAUAUACGUGCUUUUUUCCCAUUUGUGCUCUGAUUG